UUGCGUUUAUAAUAUAAUAAAUACAUGAGAAAUCUAUGCGAAUCGGUAUUGGAGCGAAAAUCACUCAGUCUUAUUUCCAUCUCGACGUCGACGAACGAAACGUCAACCGAUAACGAAGGUUUUUCAAACCUUAACUGGUGCUGCGGUUAUAAGAAUAUUCAUCAGGCUGAGAAAAGGACAACUGGCAUCAAGGAUUCAGGGAAUUUCGCAUCGGCCUUCGAGGGUCUGCGGCUGAGUGCCGAUUCCAUAUCGCAGGACAGGUUUAAGUCGAGAUGCAACAUGUUGCCACCGGAAAAUCCUGUGGAAGGAUCCCAGCGCCAGCGGUGUCCUUGCGGGUGUCUGGAGCAGAGCGGUCCUGUCGGAGGUUUUAGAACGCGGGAACUUUCGUCGUUGCGUUUAGUCAUACACGGUCCCGAAAUCCUGAAUUAUCAGGGCACCAAACAGGCCCCGGAAGACGUCGCGCCGUACUGGAAAAAGGACUCGAGAAUGUGGCUGUGGAAGUCCGUGCGACUCGCUCGCAAGCGGAAGACUCGAAUAUCGUCCGAAGUUUCCGGUUCCAGUUCUAUGUUGCUUAUCGGUAAUCGAGAUAAACGAGAUGCAAUGGCAGCGGCAGGAGUAGCAAGUAUCGAGUAGACGAAUAAUUGGAAAGCGAAAGGAAGAUUGGAAUUUUAAUUGUUCAAAGUUUGAAAUGUACUUUAUAAUCGACGGAUUUUAUGCUUUGUUUAUAGUGUUUUUCUUUUAAAUUA